AUGUUGAGCACAAGACUUGCUCGGAAUGGCUGGUAUAGCACUGGAAUUAAUGAUACGACGAGGUGUUACUUCUGUCAGGCCCUGCAUAAUGGAUGGAGACGUGGGGAUAACCCUGGAAUGUUUCAUAAUCAUCAGUGUGUAAUGUUCUCUAUAGAUCAAGAAAUGAAUAACAGACAGAGUUACAACUUCUCGGAAAAUAGGUCCGUUUCAAAUGUCCUGAUGGAAAAUGACAACAUGCAACAAAUGACGGAUGUUGUUCCUAUCCAAGAGGAGACACCCCAUUUAAUAGCUGAAUGCAAUGCCAUACCUGUUUCCAUUCCAUCAUCUGACAGAGAAGAGAACAUAACUGAUGAAAAUAAGCAUAUAUCUCAUUUAUCACGCACAAGAGCAUCAACAUUUACCUCUCGUAGAAAUUCAAUUGACACCCAAGUAAGAAGGCGUUCGUCGGAGGAAACUGAUAAUAUUAAUCUCUCUCAUGGAUCAACCCCCGAUGCACGUAGAGGCAAUAAUCACCCAGAUUAUGACAGAAAAGCUCCUGAAACACACAGCCUUCACCAGAAGGAUACUGUUCCAUCAAUCGUGAGGACACAAUCAAACACAAGUACUGCACGAGAAUCCCUCAAUUUUGAAUUAAAGACAGAUAUCGGCUGGACAGACUUUUGCCGUUUAAAGUAUCCAUUUUACUCCAACUUAGAGGACAGAAUCGGUUCCUUCACUGAUUGGCCGGCAUCUAAGACGCAGACCCCUCGUGAUCUGGCUUUGGCGGGGUUCUUCUACGCUGGUGACGGGGACUCUACCCGCUGUUUUGACUGUGGAGUGGGGUUAAGAAACUGGGAUGCCGAGGAUGACCCGUGGGUGGAGCACGCUCGCUGGUCCCCUAAUUGUCGGUUCGUAAAUGAUCAUCGUGGGUCACAGUUUUUAGACGCUAUAGAGGAGAAAUGGCGACAGCUUCGGAUUAAUGCUCAGACUACCGAUGACAAGAAAGCAGAGGAAGAAAAGAUAAUGAAAUCCCGUGCUGGACUAACUCUGACCGAGCUAGGGUAUAGCAAAGAAAAAAUCAUGAAAGCUGUCAACACAUUGAAACAACGUCUCUCGAAAGAAAAGCAAAAAGUAUCUACACAAGAGAUUCUUGAAGUUAUCAAUGAGCUGGAAGACAAUAAUAUAGACAACACACAAAGUCCCGAGCCUCCUCAUUCUGUAAUACAACAACAAACCAAAGUCUCAGGCCCCAUCACAGAGAGUUUGAGAAAAUCAAAGUCUUCAGAGAACAUAUCCAACUCAAAAAAUGAUCCCAAUUCUAAAGAAAAUAAAAUUAAGAAUUCAGCUGCUGUAAAAGGUAAAAAGUACAGUGCUGAAAAUAUAAAGGCAGCAAUAAACACCAUCAAGACCAGGCAACGUAAAGUCAAUGAGUCUUACAUGUAG